UAUAAAAUGAAAAGAAAGAACCCUCACAGAGCACUGAAUCUCAUCAAUUUUCUUUCUUCAUUUUUUAUUUUUAGUCAAGCAAAACAGGCCAUUUGUGCUUUACUGCAAUGGCUCGUACAAAGCAAACAGCAAGAAAAUCAACAGGAGGAAAGGCUCCAAGGAAGCAACUCGCUACAAAGGCAGCGAGGAAAUCAGCACCGGCAACCGGAGGAGUGAAGAAGCCGCACAGAUUCAGGCCGGGAACUGUAGCAUUGAGAGAAAUUAGAAAGUAUCAAAAGAGCACAGAGCUUUUAAUUAGGAAGCUUCCUUUCCAGAGACUGGUAAGAGAAAUUGCUCAAGAUUUCAAGACCGACUUGAGAUUCCAGAGCAGUGCGGUUGCUGCUUUACAAGAGGCUGCUGAAGCCUAUUUGGUUGGGUUGUUUGAAGAUACUAACCUCUGUGCCAUUCACGCUAAGAGAGUCACUAUUAUGCCUAAGGAUAUCCAAUUGGCUCGAAGGAUUAGAGGCGAGAGGGCUUAGCUUAUUGUGUGUGUCUAUCUUUUCUGUGCGUUUCUAGCUUUAGAUUUUGUCUCUUGGGUUUGUUUUUUUUUUUUUCUUUUUUUUCAGGUGAAAAAUCGUGUAGAAAAAAUGCAGUUGCUUUUGUCGAAUCAGAUCUUGCAGCUUAGAUGUUUGUCAAAAUCUCUGUGCUGUAAAAAGGGUACUGUUAUUAUUGACAUAUUGAAGGACGCGCUUAUAAGGAUUAAUGCAAGCACAAAUUGCCCCAUAAA